AGUUCUCCGGAAGUGACUGUUUCUCUUUCAGCCGCGACGCCAUUUCAUAGCUGUUGGAAAAAUAAUAAUAGAAACUCCAACUCCAGGCAGAAGCGGUGAGAUGAAUGAAGCCCAGCAUGGAGUGCUGAGUAAAAGUAAGUGAUGUGUUGGAGAAAAACGUGGUUGUAUUUGACUGAGCUCGUGUAAAAACAGCAGUAAAACUGCGGAACUGAAAUAAUCUUCCCUGUAAAGCUCAGGGGCGUGUUUAGCCUAUUUUUGGGGGUGCUCAAGCACCCCCAGAAACGAGCUCAGCACCCUCAAAAACACUGCUUUUGGACGUAAUUUUCAGAAAUAAGUGCCCUUCCGCAUUGCGCAAUGAAUGUAUGCGCGGGCGUGUGUGUGUUCUUGAAUUCACCUGCUACGUGAUAGUUCUAUGAGCAGUAAAAUCCCUCUCCUCCUUGCGUCCCCUCUGAUUGGGUUGCCUGUCCGCGCGAGUGCUUGCUACGACAUGGUGUUUUUUUAACUGGAUUCCACGCCGAUGAGGAACUCGAAGUAGCACCUGAGUAUUACUGGCAUAGCGAGAUGUGAAGGAGUGUAGUUCAUUCACUCCAAGAGAUCAGCGUCUUCAGGAAUCAGCAGUGAGUCCAUGAGCUGUGUGUCCAUACACUAAUAUUCAAAAAUGGAGAGCCAUGAUGAGGACACAGAUAAUGUGCCUCCACCCUCAAAAAAGUGUGAACUCCAGAUGAAGAGAUCAGACUCACCAGAACCCAGCUGUGUCUCCAUGAAGCGUGAUCGGUCUAUGGAACGUCCUUUCGACCUUAAAAAGGGAAACCCCUCAUCUCUACACAGUGAACUCCAGAUGAAGAAAUCAGACUCACCAGAACGCAGCUGUGUCUCCAUGAAGAGUGAUCGGUCUAUGGAACUUCCUUUCGACCUUAAAAAGAGAAACCCCUCAUCUCUACACAGUAAACUCCAGAUGAAGAGAUCAGAUUCGCCAGAACCCAGCUGUGUCUCCAUGAAGAGUGAGGAGUCUAUGGAUCGUCAUUUGAGUUUUAAAAAUGGAAACCCCUCAUCUGUACACAGUGAUCUACAGAAGGCAGGAGAUGGAAGAGAAAAGAUCUUCAUCACAGAUACAGGACACGCCCCAGAAUCUGCUGCUGGAAAUGAAGUCCAGGAAAAGUUCAAAUUAAAUCUGAUGAAGAAGUUUCAGUGUUUAAAUGGAGUGAUAAUAAAGCAGGAAAACCGAGUGCUCCUGAAUGAGAUCUACACAGAGCUCUACAUCACAGAGGGAGACAGUGGAGAGGUCAAUAAAGAACAUGAGGUGAGACAGAUCGAGGCAGCGUCCAGGAGGAAAACAGAGGAAACACCAAUCAAAUGCAACGACAUCUUUAAACCCUUAUCUGAAGAAAAUGAACCCAUCAGAACUGGACUGACAGAGAUCUUAUCUGAAGAAGACAAGCCCAUCAGAACUGUCAUGACAAAGGGAGUGGCUGGUAUCGGAAAAACAGUCUCUGUGCAGAAGUUCAUUGUGGACUGGACUGAAGGGAAAGCAAAUCAGGACGUCCACCUCAUAUUUCCACUUCCUUUCAGAGAGCUGAAUCUGAUGAAGGACCAAAAACUGAGUCUGAUGGAGCUCCUUCAUGUCUGUUUUAAGGAAACAAAAGAAACAGAAAUGUCCAGGUUGGAAAAGGUUCUGUUCAUUUUUGAUGGAUUGGACGAGUGUCGUUUCCCUCUAGAUUUCCAGAACACAGUGAGUGUGUGUGAUGUAACUGAAUCAGCGUCAGUGCGUGUGCUGCUGAUAAACCUGAUCAAAGGGAAUCUACUUCCCUCUGCUCUCAUCUGGAUCACCUCCCGACCAGCAGCAGCUGAUCGAAUCCCCUCUGAGUAUGUCCACCGAGUUACAGAGGUACAAGGGUUCAAUGACCCACAGAAGGAGGAGUACUUCAGGAAGAGGGUCAAUGAUCAGAGCCUGGCUGAGAACAUCAUCUCACACCUGAAGUCAUUAAGAAGCCUCUACAUCAUGUGUCACAUCCCAGUCUUCUGCUGGAUUUCAGCUGCUGUUCUCGAGAGAAUGUUGGGUGAAGCAGAGAGUGGAGAGAUCCCCAAGACUCUGACUCAAAUGUACACACACUUCCUCAUCAUUCAGACAAACAUCAUCAGAGGAAAGUACUCAAAGAAGCAGGAGAGUGAUGAAGAAAUGCUUCUCAAACUGGGAAAACUGGCUUUUCAGGAGCUGGAGAAAGGCAACCUGAUCUUCUAUGAGGAAGACCUGAGAGAGUGUGGCAUUGAUGUGACAGAAGCAGCAGUGUACUCAGGUGUGUGUACGCAGAUCUUCAGAGAGGAGGUUGGGCUUCACCAGAGUAAAGUGUACUGCUUUGUUCAUCUGAGUGUUCAGGAGCAUCUCGCAGCUCUGUAUGUGCAUCUGACCUUCAUGAAGGAAAAGAGAAAUGUUCUUGAUCGGAGUCGGUCCGAGACAAUUUCAGAUGUACACAGGAGUGCUGUAGAUCAGACCUUAAAAAGUCAGACUGGACAUCUGGAUCUGUUCCUCCGCUUUCUUCUGGGUCUCUCACUGGAAUCCAGUCAGAAACUCUUACAUGCCUUAGUAACACAGACAGGAAGUAGCUCCCAGAGCAAAGAGGAAACAGUUCGGUACAUUAAGGAGAAGAUCAGUGAAAAUCUUCCUGCAGAAAAAUCCAUCAAUCUGUUCCACUGUCUGAAUGAACUGGGUGACGAUUCUCUAGUGGAGGAAAUCCAACGCUACCUGAAAUCUGGAAAACAAAGUGAACUCUCUCGUUCACAGUGGUCUGCUCUGGUGUUUGUGUUACUGACUUCAGCACAGGAGCUGGAGGAGUUUGACCUGAGUAAAUAUAUCAGUACAGAGAAGAUACCAGAUUGGGUUCUUGUGAAGGUGAUGCCUGUGAUUGCAGCAUCCAGAAAAGCAAUGAUCAGUUGUGAGACAAUUGAAGGGAGAAGCGCUGAAGCUCUGGUCUCAGUGCUCAACUCAGAAACCUCCAGUCUGAGAGAACUGCAUCUGACUGUGAAGACACUGGAUCUGUCUGGGAAUAAACUAGAAGACUCAGGAGUGAAGCGUCUCUGUGCUGUACUGGAGAAUCUUCACUGUAAAGUGGAGACACUGAGGUUGUGGGGUUGUGGUGUCUCAGAUGAAGGCUGUGCUGCUCUGAGUUCAGCUCUGAGAUCAAACCCCUCACACCUGAGAGACCUGGAUCUGUCUCAUAAUAAUCUGGGAGACUCAGGAGUGAAGCGUCUCUGUGCUGUACUGGAGAAUCCUCACUGUAAACUGGAGAUACUGGGGAUCAGUUGUGAUACAAUUAAAUGGAGAAGUGCUGAAGCUCUGGUCUCAGUGCUCAACUCAGAAACCUCCAGUCUGAGAGAACUGCAUCUGACUGUGAAGACACUGGAUCUGACUGGGAAUAAACUAGAAGACUCAGAAGUGAAGCGUCUCUGUGCUGUACUGGAGAAUCUUCACUGUAAAGUGGAGACACUGGAGUUGUGUGGUUGUGGUGUCUCAGAUGAAGGCUGUGCUGCUCUGAGUUCAGCUCUGAGAUCAAACCCCUCACACCUGAGAGAACUGAAUCUGAAUAAUAAUAAUCUGGGAGACUCGGGAGUGAAGCGUCUCUGUGCUGUACUGGAGAAUCCUCACUGUAAACUGGAGACACUGGGGUUGUGUGGUUGUGGUGUCUCAGAUGAAGGCUGUGCUGCUCUGAGUUCAGCUCUGAGCUCAAACCCCUCACACCUGAGAGAACUGGAUCUGACUAAUAAUUAUCUGGGAGACUCAGGCGUGAAGCAUCUCUGUGCUGUACUGGAGAAUCCUCGAUGUAAACUGGAGACAUUGGGGUUGUGUGGUUGUGGUGUCUCAGAUGAAGGCUGUGCUGCUCUGAGUUCCGCUCUGAGAUCAAACCCCUCACACCUGAGAGAACUGAAUCUGACUGAUAAUAAUCUGGGAGACUCAGGAGUGAAGCAUCUCUGUGCUGUACUGGAGAAUCCUCACUGUAAACUGGAGACACUGGGGUUGUGUGGUUGUGGUGUCUCAGAUGAAGGCUGUGCUGCUCUGAGUUCAGCUCUGAGAUCAAACCCCUCACACCUGAGAGAACUGGAUCUGACUAAUAAUAAUCUGGGAGACUCAGGAGUGAAGUGUCUCUGUGCUGGACUGGAGAAUCCUCACUGUAAACUGGAGAAACUGGGGUUGUGUGGUUGUGGUGUCUCAGAUGAAGGCUGUGCUGCUCUGAGUUCAGCUCUGAGAUCAAACGCCUCACACCUGAGAGAACUGGAUCUGAAUAAUAACAAUCUGGGAGACUCAGGAGUGAAGCGUCUCUGUGCUGUACUGGAGAAUCCUCACUGUAAACUGGAGACACUGGGGAUCAGUUGUGAUGCAAUUAAAUGGAGAAGCGCUGAAGCUCUGGUCUCAGUGCUCAACUCAGAAACCUCCAGUCUGAGAGAACUGCAUCUGACUGUGAAGACGCUGGAUCUGUCUUGGAAUAAACUAGAAGACUCAGGAGUGAAGCGUCUCUGUGCUGUACUGGAGAAUCCUCACUGUAAAGUGGAGACACUGAGGUUGUGUGGUUGUGGUGUCUCAGAUGAAGGCUGUGCAGCUCUGAGUUCAGCUCUGAGAUCAAUCCCCUCACACCUGAGAGAACUGAAUCUGACUAAUAAUAAUCUGGGAGACUCAGGAGUGAAGCGUCUCUGUGCUGUACUGGAGAAUCCUCACUGUAAACUGGAGACACUGGGGUUGUGUGGUUGUGGUGUCUCAGAUGAAGGCUGUGCUGCUCUGAGUUCAGCUCUGAGAUCAAACCCCUCACACCUGAGAGAACUGGAUCUGUCUAAUAAUAAACUGGGAGUCUCAGGAGUGAAGUGUCUCUGUGCUGUACUGGAGAAUCCUCACUGUAAACUGGAGACACUGAGGUGA